AUGAAUGAUAUUAGACAACGUAAAACCAAGCAGGCUUUAGACGAGCCCGAUCCUCUUUUUAUUUACAACUUUACUGACGAACCUACCAAAUCAAGAAGAAAUCAAGCUAAUGGUUUAAAGGCGUUUUCUUUGGAUUCAGUAAAUCUGAUCGUUCUAGUAAUCGUUGCAAUAAUAGUGAGAUUAUAUAAAAUUAGUCAACCUACCUCAGUAGUUUUUGAUGAAGUACAUUUUGGUGGCUUUGCAUCGUAUGUUAAUGAAUUCUAUGGAUUUUCGGGCGAUGGUAAUGAUGAUUGGCGUGUAGAAAUCGCUGAUUAUGAUAAAUCAGAUUCAGAAUCUGGAAAAAGACUCCGUGCUCUUCAUACAAAGUUUCGUCUUAGACAUGUUGUGACUGGUUGUUAUUUGUUUUCACAUUCCGUGAAAUUGCCCGAUUGGGGUUUUAAUCAACAAGAAGUUACGUGUGUUAAUGGUGGAUCCAAACCUAAUACAAUCUGGUAUAUAGAGUCAAAUUCACACCCAAAAUUGCCAGAAGAUGCAGAAAAAGUAAAUUAUAAAAAAAUUGGGUUUUUUGGAAAAUUUUUUGAAAUUAAUAAAGUAAUGUGGACUACAAAUUCUGGAUUAACCGGUUCACAUCCAUAUGAGUCUCGUCCAAGUUCUUGGGUUUUAUUAGAUCGUGGAAUCAGUUUCUGGGGAAAGGAUCACAGACAUAUUUAUUUAAUUGGGAACCCUAUAGUAUGGUGGAGUUCUUCAUUGGCAUUAUAUUUUUAUAUUGUAGUAGAAACUGUAAUUAUUUUAAGAGCAAAAAGAGGUUAUUCAGAUCAUUUAAACCCGUUGAAAGAAUUUUAUGAAUCUUAUGCAAGUUUCUUUUUUCUUGGAUGGUUUCUUCAUUAUUUUCCAUUUUUUUUAAUGGCUCGUCAAUUAUUCUUACAUCACUAUUUUCCUGCAUUAUAUUUUGCGGUUUUACUGGUUGGUGUUGGGUUUGAUUUUUUAACAAUCCGAUUGAAACCAAAAAAUCGAAUUAUAGUAGCAUCAGUAUUCAUAAUAAUAAGCAUAUAUGCAUUUUCACAAUUAUCACCAUUGGCAUAUGCUGAACCAUGGACAAAAAAUGACUGUUUAAAGGUUAAAAAAUGGGGCAGUAGAUGGGAUUUUGAUUGCAAUCAAUUCUAUGAUUCAUAUGACCAGUAUUACACAAAAGAUUUAACCGUAAUAAACAAUAUUAACAACCAGACAAAUAUUGAUAUAUCAUCUUCGGAUAUAAGCCAUACAUUAUCAUCGGAUCAACAACAAAAACAGGAAAAUGAUAAUAAAGAAAGUUUACAAGAAAUCAAAGAUGAUGUUGGAGAGGUAGCUGCGUAA